AAAGAUGUCUUUAGCCUGCAUGCAAGCAAGCGCCGAAAGACUCUCGAAAAAUUUUGAGCGCAAAAUGUCAAAGCCAAUAAUAAAGAAGGAAAGCAAAGUGAAUGUCAAUGACAAGCAAAUAAAAAAAGUGCCGAACAUGACUUCUGCAACAGUGCCACGUCGUAGUGUGUUUGAGGUGACAAAAACGAGAUUAUUGGUCCCCUUGACUCCAGAACCUGCACGGCUGAAACAUCAAUGUAUUCAUGAAAAUACAGUUACAGUUAGCUAUAUGCCAUCUAAAAAAGACGUCGCUGUGCAAACAGAUCCACUGGCACUAUUCCAGCAACAGCCGGCCGAGAUGAGUUCCACGGAUGGUCAACCGCUUUCGAGAAAAACACUGAAUAAUGAUGAUACAUUUAAAGACAUUAAUGUUAAGAAAUUCGAUAAAUUUCUAAGAAAAAAUAUGAAAAAAACGGUUCUGUAUAUAGAUAAUUUGUCGGCCAGAAGAAUUAUAGCUGCUCCGUCUACCCUCGAUUAUUGGAGGUACCUCAUGUACUUCUCUACGUUCUCGAUUGGAGUCAUCACUACUUAUAUGUUGAACUACGGUUGGUACCAUCUACAAAGGAUAAAAUUACCUCACAUUUAUUAAAAUAAAUAUUCACACAAACACAAGGUUCAUUGAUUUAUUCAGUUUUUUACUGGUUUCAUUCGAUUGAAUCCGCACUUUAUUGACAAUAGCAGGGACCUUCAAGGAGACCCCUAGAUGAUGAUUGAUUGUUGAUGGCUCUCAACUAAAAUUAAUUGAAAGAUAAUCAUUUAAAAUGUAAUUGUAAAUAUAAUUUUUCAUGUCAGUGAAGUAUGAUAAUUUAUUACUAGGACAUUAAGACAUUAAUGCCGGGUUGCAUGAACAAUCACUUAACAUAAUAAUGAAACCAAUCAAUAGUGAGCUAAAGAUCUCAAUAUAUAAAUAU